GACAACUACAACACAGACCGACUAUUCUAUAUAAAUAAUACUUUACCUUCUUAUAGUUUAAGCAUUACAUCAUACAGUUAUGCCUCAACAAACACAAUCGAUCAAGAGCAUGUCCGUCGAAUCUUUCGACGACGAUGUCUUCAUUGAUGAAAGCGUGUUAGAGGCUCAAGAAUAUAUUCGCCAAAGGCGUAAUACUGUGCUACUUAGACAGCUUUUUACUCAUUGGCUAGAACGAGCUUCCUCUAACACAAAGAGACUAUCCCAAAGCUCAUCGACAGUGGGUUGAUGUUGAAGAGUCUUUGCGAAUGACAAUGAAAUUUCCAUCAGCAAUUCAUCAUCUACCACCGGAUCUACACUUUCAAACCUAUGACAAAAAAUCUGUUUUCAAGCAUAUUGAAAAAUCUUCAAAUA